AGUUUUGUAAGAGACGCCGUGAAAAACGGGACUAACAGCACCAGGGAGCAAGCAUGUUUCUGCAAAAACUGAUGGUCUAUUUUUCGACAGCAUGCAUGCUUUGCUACAUGAUCGGACUCAAUAUCAUAAUCAGGAUCAUGCAUGUUAUCUCACCAAGCUUCACCAAGAAGCAGAUCCUCAGAAUGGGUGAAAAGAUCACCAUGACCCAGAAUCCCAACUUUAGGUACGAGGACUGGGGUCUGACGUUUAAAACAUUCAACUUUGUCAAAACCGCAUCUCGGCACAUGUGGCUGUCCCUCGGACAAGAGGCUUUUGUGGGAGAAGAGGCUCCGGACUCACCUGUGGUCACCAUGGACGGAGAGAAAACAAGUGUGUGCAAGUACUUGAAAGACAACAGACCGCUAGUGCUGAGUUUUGGAAGCUGCACCUGACCCCCGUUCAUGUACAAACUUGGGGAGUUCAAGCAACUCGUCAAGGACUUCAGCGAUGUGGCUGACUUUCUCGUGGUCUACAUCGCAGAGGCACAUUCAACAGAUGGUUGGGCCUUUACCAACAACUUUGACAUCAACCAGCACCGGAGCCUGGAGGACAGACUGUCUGCAGCUCACAUCCUGGUUCAGAAGGAGCCCCUGUGUCCUGUGGUUGUGGAUGAAAUGAAUGACAUCACUGCCAUAAAGUACGGGGCUCUGCCCGAGAGGCUUUAUGUGCUGCAGGGGGGGAAAGUCGUCUACAAGGGGGGGAUGGGGCCUUGGGGCUACAAUCCGUUAGAGGUGCGUUCGUUCCUGGAGAAGAUGAAAUAAGGAGAUUGUUAAUCAAGUCAAUGCGUGUGGUUGCCAUCCAACCACUGCUAUAUGGAGAAGGAUCUCUAUGUUCAGCAGGGAUUGAGGGUGUUAACAUUCUAACCGACAUAUAUUACUGAUAUAACACAACACCGUAAACGUUCUCAGUUUUUCUUUAAAAAGACACUAGUCACUGCCACAUUUACAUGUAGAUCUAUUGCUGCUCUCAGGCAUCUCUGACAUCAGCCAGGGUGCGAGUAGAAAUAUUAUAACCCCCUCCAAAACUGCACUAAUAUUGCCCCCAGGUUUUUCUGUACUCUGGAACCUGAUCUCACUUGUCAACCUCUGACAGCUUGAACUCACUUCUCAGUGUUUCUUAGUGACAGCUACAGAUUAAACCGUUGGCCUCUGUAGCCAGAUGAAGUGAAACACAGAGAGAUGCUCAGAGUUUGUGUUUGAGGUAUCACAUAAUGAACAGGGGAUGUUUUAUGUGUCCAUGUGUUUGUGUUUUUUUUUUUCUUUUCACUUAAGUUGUCUUAAUUCUAAAGCUUGUUUAAAGUUUAAAGACAAAUCCAACAGGCUGAAGUGGAUGAAGGCUCUUGUUUUCCAGUUCUCUUACACCAAGAUUUACCUGUCUAUAAAUGCUCCAAGGUAAUUCAGCAGGAGGCUUCUUUUUACAUGAUGAUUACAGUGCAAAACUCGAGUAGCUGUAAUUUGAUGGAAAGUGACUUAAAAGUAGUCUUUCUCUGAAUGAUGGGGGAGCAUUUAUGAUGGGACACAUUUAAUGUAUAAUAAGCUCUCUGUUAAACAAAUCUUAUAUCAGGAUACAUUUGCUUUUUGUUGCAGUUUAAUUAAUUUUACAUUUAAAGAAUUUAAUGUUUGCAUUAUAAUAUGAUAAAAGAAAAAUCUGGAAAGACUCCUGCAUCAAGCCCUCAAUUUAUGCACAACAUAUAACCUGUGUGUGUUGUAGUUUUGUAUGUUUGUGUGUUUUUAUCUUGAGGCUAGUUAUCAAAUUUUCAGUGUUUCUCCAUACUUUCACUGCAAGGCUUUAUAGCUGGAUGGAAAUCACAUCGCAUUAUGUCGAGAUGUUCAUGAAUGAUCCAAGUUAUUGCUCUUACAGUAAAUUAUUAAAAUGAGAAACACCAGAACUGCGUGGAAGCCAUUGUUUGCCACAUAUCUGUAGUUGCAUUGUCGCUGCUCUGAGUCACUGUGACUCAUCUGCUCUCUCUGUGAUCCAUUAAAGACAGAAUAAGACUGUCUGCAAAGCUGCAGUGGUCUUCAUUUUUACAUCACUAUUCCUCAGAGAAAGUGGCUGCAGGGGCUUCAGUGCUGACGCACACACCGGUCUUCCACCACGCACUGAUCGGACUUGUUUGCUGUCUGGUCUGGAUGUGAUAAAUGGUAAACAUACUGUACUGUAUGUGGGUUAUGCAAGUUCAACAAGUCCACUGUGCACACAUACCGGUACAUACAUAUGAGCUCUGGAGUGUGGCAUUCAGGCCCAGACGCAAGUUAAUACCUAACUGUCUUACCUUUGCACAUGGAUUGAUUUUGACUUUUAUUAUGUAAGAUGUUUGAAGAAAAUGCCACUCUUACUAUAAAACUGCCUGUCUGUUGUUGUACUUCUUCUAUAGUGUUACAUAACAGCUUAGUCUUGUAGGUUUUCGGGGUCUAUGUUUGUUUGAAAGUCCGUCUAAGUGGUGAAUGAGCACAAAUUGGCUUGCAAUUAUUUGGAUAAUGGAAAAAAUAUUGCUGAUGCAAUAGUCAAAGAUUUUAAUUUCCCUCAUGGUAAGAGUAAUUAGACUCCAUGCUGUUUGACAGUAUUUUUAGAACCAGUUUCAUUGGCUUUCAUCUUGUUUUGUCUGUUAAAGCAUUUGCUGCCUAUUCCCCACAUUAACACUAAAUUAAUAACCUGCUCUUGUGUUUGGGUACAUUUUAAUAUGUUCUCCUGUAAUAUUUUUCAUGAUUCAAGCAAUAAAAGAGCAGCAUCGA